AGUGCAAAAAAUUUUCUUUUUUGCUUCAAACAAAUUUUCUUCAAUCCUAUUCUUGUUUGUCUGGUGGAAUCUUCUUUGUGGAUUUGUGAAAUAGCUGGCUUGGGUCUGUUCAGAAGCUGAAAGUUUGCAGUUUUGUUAUUUCCGAAAAUAAAUUCCCUUAAUUUGUCGGCUUUCUUUUGUUUUUGAUUUAAUCAACCGAUUGCAGCAAAAACGGCAAGUUUUAGGAGCGUCGAAUAAAAAAGGAGGCUACUGAAAGUGUCUGUCGGUCUCUAUACUUAAACUCUAGGCACAAGGGAAGCUUGAAAAAAUUAAAUUAAACUAUUCCUUUGCCAUCAACGUCUAAUCCAUCCAUCAUGGUUACUAUGGAAAAUGCAGAAGAGGUCAUGCAAAUUUUGGACCGUUUCACGCGACUCAAACAGAAGGAAAUCCCAAAAGAACUGGAUGAAUAUCUGGGUUAUGUGGCCAAAACCGGAGACACGGUCUUCAAGUGGUCUUCAUUGAAAUAUCUGUUCCGUGAGAAACUCUUAAAUGUUAUAAAAAAUUUUCACGACUCCACGCCGAGGAUUGACGAAAUUCCCCAGUACCCCAACGUUGACCCAUUCAAUUAUGAGAGCAUGAAGUCAUCUCUGCUGGAGCGCCUAGAAUUGUUCAAUGCAGCACCUUUCACCAUACAACGUCUAUGCGAGCUCUUGAUAGAUCCCCGGAAGCAAUACAGCCGCAUUGACAAGUUUAUGCGUGCUCUGGAGAAAAACAUUCUUGUAGUCAGUACCGUCGAACCUGGACGCAAGAGAACCGAAUCUGAAAAUGGAGACUCUUUGGACUCGGUGGUUAAUGGCGACCUUUCUUUGGAUGUAAAUGUCGACAUUGAAAUGGAAUCCGAUGGCCUAUUUAAUAACUCGGAAAAUACAAAUGGCAAUGGAACUGCAACAAAAGCUGAGGUUGAAGCAGCCAAGGAAGAUGUCAAGACAGAGGAAGCAGAAAAAUGUGUUACAAAGAAUACUCAUGCUAAUGACGAUGAUAACUUACCAAACCCUAAGAAAGCCAAACUGGACUUGCCCGAAGAUUCCAAAGACGACAUGGAGGAAUCAAACAAAACUGAUGAGUCCGUGACGAAGGAAAGUACCGAAGAAAAGAAAAUGAAAAGCGACGACGAUAAAACAACUGAAUCUACAAUCGUUAAAGAACAAGAACCAAAAACGAGUUCAGAAUCCGACAAUGAAUCCGAAAAAGGAACAUCAGAAACACACGAAGAAAAAGCCGAAGAUGAAAAAGUAACCGUAAAAACAGAAGAGCCCGAAAGAGUCGCUAACAAAGAUGAGACAGAUAGUGACCACACAUGUUCUAAAAUCGAGACGAAUAAAGCAGAAACUGAAAAUAAUUCUGAAAAAGAAGAAAUAAAAGAAGUUAGCGAAAAGUUGGAGUCAUCAGAAGAAAAUAAAAAAUCGCAAGACGAUAGCAAGAACUCUGCAAGUGAAGCUGUCAUUGAAGAGAUUUCUGGAGAAGAAACAGAAAAAGACAAUUCGCGGGUCGUCGAAACGCAGAUUGCAAAGGAGGAAGAAAGUAAGAAUAAUCAGAAACAAAAAGAGGAAGAUGCAAAUGUGGUGGAAAAACAGGAGGUAGAGAUCGGGGAAAAAGAUCAGCCUAAGCAGGUAGACCAGUUGCCAGAAAAAGGGGAAGAAACAAAUGUUACAACUAAAGAAAACGACCAAGCCGAACAAAAGACAGCGGAUGAAGCAACAGAAGAAAAGGCGAUAGAAACAGCCACUGCAGAAAAAGAGAAGAUUAUUGAAAAAUUGGAGGAAACGGCACAGGAAGUGGAUUCUGAAAAGAAAGCAGAAGAAUGUAGUCAACAGAAAACUGAUUUGACACAGACCAAGACUGAAGAUGUAAAGACUGAUAUUUCGGCCAAUGCCAGUGUGGAACAAAAUACAGAGUCUGAUGCAGCCAUUUGCAGUACCACCGAAGUAGCAAUCGAGAAGAAAGAUAAUGCUGACGAAGUGGCCGCACCAACAUCAGAAACAUCAGAGGUUGUGCCCACCACUGAGGAGAAACUAACAGCGGCUGUAUCGGAGACGAAAGCAGAGUCUAUAACAACACCAACACUUGCCCUAAACGACCAACCAAUGGAAGAUGCCGCCAUAGAAGAGGAGCCUCCAUCUGUUGACGAAGUUGUAAUGGACGAAGCACCAGCUACGGAAGUCUCGACUGCAGCUGCCAUGGCUACCGAAGAAGAGCCAUCAUCCACUCCAUUAGCCAAACCCGAAGAAGAAUCUUCUGGUAUGGAAGUUGACGACACAAGCCAGGAGGCAAUGGACCAGUAAUCAGUUGAAACUCCAACAACCAGCAUUCACAUUUCAGAAACUAUAUUUAAAAAAUAGACUAGAAACGCUAUGAGCGUUAAAUAGUAACCUUAAGCAAAUACGACACAGUAGAUCAACAAGGAGAACUUUGGAAUUGAAAAACAAGGGGUUUCUUCUUGUUUAACAAAUUUAUAGUUUUGUGUUAAUUCCACGCGACAAAAAUUCCUUUUUACAAUCUCUGAAAAAUCUCAGCAUUCGGACUAAGUAUUACUGCUAUAAUAGUUUUUUAUGUCGAAUUUGUAACCCUCUUGUUUGGACGUCAUGCUGUAGAUUUGUUUUGUGUUUAUUUAUACGACAACUACAAGUGAAACAUAAUCUAGUGCAUAAUUUGUAACAAACAAGAGUAAUAAUAAACAUACACACAAUUGAUAAACAUA